AUGAAUACUUCGGGUAGGGCAGUAAAAGCGGCAACUAGAUGGUUUCACAAUGAACAUAAGAUCUAUCAAGGAAGUGACUCAUCUUUGAUACCAAAGUUUCUUAUUUUUCAUGAUGACCUAGAUAUCGGUCUCGGUGAGGUGAAAUUGAAGCAGCCAUCUAGAGCCAGUCGGGGUCAUAACGGUCUCAAGAGUAUUUCUGAAGUCCUGCAAGAAGAUUACCCUCGAUUGAGAGUAGGAAUUGGGCGCCCUGGUAAAAGUAAGGAUACGAAAGUGAUUUCUGACUACGUUCUAGGAAGAUUCAAACCAAGUGAAGAGGAUGUACUUGCCAAUCAGUCUGUGCCACAGACUUUAGAGUUAAUAGACGCGAUUCUCAGUAGUGGGGUUAUCUACCAAGAAAAUGAUAGAAGUAACGAAUUAUGA